AUGGGAGAAAUUCCCAAGACCUGCCUUGCUGGCGUCGUUGUAAAUGAAGGGCCAGAUUUUCAUAUUGAAGUUGUCGAUGUCCCUGUGCCGGAGCCAGGGCCUAACGAAGUGCUGAUUAAACUUAACACAACGGGUUUGUGCAUGUCCGAUGUUCAUUACAUGCUCAAUGACCUGGGCGUGCCAUCGAUGUCGCAUUUUCAGACAAGAUCUCCCGGACAUGAGGGUGCAGGGGUAAUAGUCAAAGUCGGGUCGCAAGUAACGUCACUCAAAGUCGGCCAGCGGGCCGGGAUGAAGCCGACCUGGGAUGUGUGUCAUUCAUGUGAGAGUUGUCGAAACGGCAGGGAGAACUACUGCAAGGGUAGCAUUUCCACGGGGCUGCAAAAACCUGGUUCGUUGAUCUAUUUCGUCAUUGGUACGGGCUCAGCUGACGGGAAUACUAAAGGCUCAUAUCAACAAUAUGUUGUUUCGCCAGAACGAUACACUAUCCUUAUUCCAGAAGGCGUGAGCGACUAUGUUGCCGGACCGGUGAUGUGCUCAGCGUCCACUAUGCUGCAUUCUCUGAAGACGGCAAAUCUCUCACCGGGACAAUGGGCCGUAUUCAUUGGAGGUGGAGGUGGCGUCGGUCUGCAGGGCGUUCAACUUGCAUCUGCAAUGGGUCUCAGACCCAUUGUGGUCGACACAGGAGAGAAACGGCAUGAGCUCAGCCGGAAAUACGGUGCUGAGCAUUUCGUGGAUUUCAGGGAAACGAAAGAUCCAGUGGCGGAUGUUCUCGCAUUAACCGAUGGCGGAGCUCACGGUGUUUUUGUGACUGCUAUUCAAGCAUAUCCCUUCGCCAUAGGCUACCUUGGCGAUCGAGCAGGGGGAAAGCUGAUGUGUAUCGGCAUUGGCCCGCCAAAUCGACACACCAUUACCCUCGACCCAACAGCUUCAAAUUUUAUGCUUCGCAAUCAAUCAGUCACAAGCACAAUUGUUAGUUCGCUGGGUGAGAUUGCACUCGCGCUCGACUUUGCUAGACGCGGAAAACUCCAUCUCGAUCCAGAGGUAGUGGGUGUGUCGCAAUGGAACGAUUCAGUCCAGAAACUUAAGAAUGGACAGGUUGCUGGGUAA